AGAGAAAGAAAAAUUUCGAAAUCAUUACCUGACAUUUGGCGUUCUUUUUUUUCGUUUGAACGAUAAAAUCAUUGCGUUGAAUUUUCGAAUUUGAAUUUUUUUUUUGUUUGUUUGUUCGGUCAGUCGAGUGCAUUGAUUUGUUUGGAUUAAAAUUUGAUUUGAAUUCGGUUCACAGAAAAAAAAUCGAACAUUUUCUUUUUUGCUGGGUAUAAAUAAAAGAUCCGGAUCAAUGGCCCAAUAGUAAUUCAAAUUUUGUUUUUAUCGAUUGCACUGUGAUUGAUUGAUCGAAGAAUUUUUGUUUUUGAUUUGAUUUGUACGACGAAAUUUUUUUCGAGCUAAACAUACGUGACAAACGAUUUUGAAAGAAAAAAAAAUGUCAUCAAUAUAUCAGAAAUAUGAUGAUGAAAUUGGUAAAAAAAAUUGUGAUUAUAAUCAAUUGGAAAAAGAGAUGCUCAAUCAACAUUGGCAACAAGAUCCAGAACUGGCAUGGCGUUUAGCAUCGAUUGUUUAUUAUAAAUGCUUGAAUCUAUCCAAUGAUGAAGAGAUAAAAUUGAAGACAAUUGAAUCAUUACGUUAUGCAGAAAAAUCAAUAGAAUUGUUUACCAAACAGCAAAACGAAAGUGUUGGUGGUGGUGAUGGAAACAUUUUCUAUGCAUAUAAAUGGUCAGCAAUGGCACAUGGUCGUUUAGCAUUAUUUGAAAUGGCAAAUGUUGAACGUAAAAUUCUUUAUACGGCAAAUUUUCUUCAAUAUUUAGAUAAAUGUUUACAGCAACAAGAAAAACAAAAAGAAUCGAAUCAAAAGAUCACCAAUGAUCAUCUGGUAUUGUUUAUGCAAGGCAGAUUUCAAUUAGCAUUAUCAAUGUUAUCAGAAGAUGAGCAGAAAAUCUUUCAAAAACGUUUAGGACCCAAUGUGGUGAUACCGAAAUUAAAUCUACUGGAUGGUGAAUCAAAACUACGCCGAUCCAUUGAAUUACAGCCAGAUUUUAUUGAUAAUUAUAUUACAUUAGCAUAUCUGUUGAUAAAAGAACAUAAAAUUCUGGAUGCCAAACAGAUUAUUGAAAAAGGAUUACAACAACAAUGUUGUAAUAAAUCCGAUGAAUUGAUACGGCAAGAAUUGUUGAAAAUCAAAGAAACAUUAGGUUGAUAAUGAUUUUCUUUGAUUUUUUAGUUUUAAAAUUAAAUUUUUUUGUUUGUUUGUGUUUGUUGUCAUCAUUUCGUUAUUCGGUUAUUUGAAUGACCAAAUUUUCUUUCUUUAUUUCCAUUUUUAUUUUGCCAUAAUCAUCAUCAUCGUCGUUGUCCGGUUAUUGAGA